UCUUUUUGUUUUGUUACCCCCCCUCCCCGCUUCCCUUCUUUUCUUUUAUCCCUCCUCUUCCCUUACUCCACACCGGCGGCUCUACCUGUCCCUCACAAGUCCCCUGGCCGCCACUAUUGCCACUCCAGGCCCCAUCCAGCCUGCCUGCCUUCUCCCCCGCUUUCUCCGAAGGAGCCAGUGCCACCAUUUGCUGCCGCUGCCGCCACCUCCCACGGCCUCUCACCUAGUCAAGUAUUUGGGCCCAGCUUGAGACCUCCCCCGCCCCCCAUCCCGCACCGCAUCCUGCCCUAUCGACCCCAGAGCUCUCUGGCCGUAGGAGCUUCUGGACAUUUCACGCUUCCCCUUUCCGUCCCUGCACCUACAGGUGUUGCCACCUUCGCAGCCCUCUACCAUCUGCUUCCUGUGCUCAGCUCCCUCACCGAGCACGACCCGCUCCCCUUGCUCCUCAACCUCCCACUGUCCCCUUCCAGUCCCCCACGCUUGUUGCUCCCCAGAACUUCCUCCUUCUUUUUCUCUUUGCCCCCCUCCCCCUUUGCCGCCUCUACCUACGCUCAGUCGCUCACGUCAGAGGAAGAAGGGGCACAGCAGGUCCCUUCAGCCCAGCCUCUUCCCGCCUCAAGGAGGAGGAAGAAGAGGAGGAGGAGGAAGGCGGCGGCGGCAACAUUAACAGAAGCACCAGGAUAGCCAGCGAGGGAAGGGGGGGGACAGGUCCCCCUGCUCUCCCCCUCCCUCCCGCUAAGGUGCCCAUCACUAACACACUAUUGUGCUGAAGAUGUCUAACAGCAACACAACACAGAAGACACUGGAGAUAAUGAAAGAGUCAGAAAAGAAGCUGAUUGAAGAAUCUGUGAACAAAAACAAACUUGUAUCCAGGUCACCAAGCAAAGAGGAACAUGAGAAGGAUGGGGAGGAGAGCAGCACACGACAGGAAUCUCAGAGGCGAACAUCUAAUCAUGGGCAUGCCAGAAAAAGAGCCAAGUCAAAUUCAAAACUGAAGUUAGUCCGAAGCCUGGCUGUAUGUGAAGAGUCCUCUAGCCCUUUUGUGGAUGGCCCAUUGGACACCCAGGAUAUCAUACAGUUACACAUCAGUUGUCCAUCGGACAAAGAAGAUGACAAAUCUGCAAAAGAUGGCCCUGAGAAAGAAGAAAAAGAAAAAAAUAAGGAGAAGGCACCGAAGAAAAUGUUGUCUAGAGAUUCCAGCCAGGAAUACACAGACUCCACUGGAAUAGAUUUGCAUGAAUUUUUAGUAAAUACACUGAAGAAAAACCCAAGGGAUAGGAUGAUGCUGCUAAAGUUAGAACAAGAGAUCCUGGAAUUUAUUAAUGAUAACAACAAUCAGUUCAAGAAGUUUCCCCAAAUGACCUCAUACCACAGAAUGCUUUUACACCGGGUUGCCGCUUAUUUUGGCAUGGACCACAACGUAGACCAAACUGGGAAAGCCGUCAUUAUCAACAAGACCGGUAACACCAGAAUCCCUGAACAGAGGUUCUCUGAGCACAUCAAAGAUGAGAAGAGCUCUGACUUUCCACAGAGAUUUAUCCUCAAGCGAGAUGACACCAGCAUUGAUCGAGACGAUAAUCAGAUCAGAAUCCCGCUGCAGGAUGGACGGAGGAGCAAAUCCAUAGAGGAGCGAGAAGAAGAGUAUCAAAGGGUCAGAGAACGCAUAUUUGCACGAGAGUCGGGCCAGAAUGGAUUCCUGAAUGACAGCAGACUCUCCAAAGAAGGCUUUUCUUCUAGCUCUCACAAAAGGCGGCAGAUCUUUAGAGGUAACCGGGAUGGGCUCAGCCGGACUUCGGGCAGCCGACAGAGCAGCACGGAGAGUGAGAUGAAGUCAUUGGAGCCGCGGCCGUGGAGCAGCACAGACUCGGAUGGUUCAGUCCGCAAUCUGAGGCCUCCUGUCACAAAAGCUAGCAGCUUCAGUGGCAUUUCCAUCUUGACACGAGGAGACAGCAUUGGUGGCAUUGGCAAAGGAAGCGGUGCCAACAGGACUGUCAGGCCAGGUCUGUCGCUAAGUACCCCCGAAGCCUGUAACCAAGUCUCCUCUGCUCAGCCUGGCCGAGGCCUCUUGCCUUGUGCUGCUCAGCAGCCGCAGCCGCCGCAGCAGCCGCCGCCACUUCUGCCCACACCCCAGCAACAGCCAGCAAUGAGUAAUCACAUCAUAUCACAGCCGGUCCCAGCUCUGCAGCCCUCUCCACAGCCUGUUCAGUACUCUCCAAGCUCCUGCCCCCAAGUCCUCCUGCCGGUCUCUCCACCCCAGCAGUACAACAUGGCUGAUGAGCUCAGUAACCCCUUUGGGCAAAUCAGCCUCAGCCGCCAGGGUUCCACAGAAACACCAGAUCCGUCUUCAGCUAUGUUCCAGCCACCAAUCAUGUCCCAGCACCCUCAGCAGACUGGAUUCAUCAUGGCUUCCCCAGGGCAGCCAAUCACUGCCUCCAACUACUCUGCCUCGGGACAUACGGCACCAGCCCAGCAGGUCUUGCAGCCCCAGAGCUAUAUGCAGCCUCCCCAGCAGAUUCAGGUUUCUUACUACCCUCCUGGGCAGUACCCAAACUCUAGCCAGCAAUACCGACCUCUCUCUCACCCGGUGGCCUACAGCCCACAGCGCAGCCAACCGCUGCCUCAGCAGUCACAGCAGCCUGGUUUACAGCCAAUCAUGUCCAACCAGCAGCAGACAUACCAAGGUAUGAUCAGUGUGCAGCAACCCCAGGGCCAGAGUCUCCUCAGCAACCAGCGUAGCAACAUGGGUAGCCAGAUGCAGAGCCUGAUGGGCGUGCAGCAAUCUCAGAGCCAGAGCCUCCUCAACAGCCAGCGAGGAAAUAUGGGCAGCCAGAUGCAAGGCCUGAUGGUCCAGUACACUCCACUCCCUUCAUAUCAACAGGUGCCAGUGGCUAAUGAGUCUCAGGGUGUGGUCCAGCAACCCUUUCAACAGCCUGUGUUGGUAUCGGCAAACCAGUCUGUUCAAGGAGGACUACAGACUGGGGGGAUGUCAGUCUAUUACAGUGUUAUCCCACCAACCCAGCAGAAUGGUACCAGCCCUUCCGUUGGCUUCUUACAACCCCCUGGGACAGAGCAGUACCAGAUGCCCCAGUCUCCAUCACCCUGCAGCCCGCCACAGAUGCAGCAGCAGCAACAACAGCAGUAUUCAGGAGUGUCUCCAACAGGGCCUGGCGUUGUAGUAAUGCAACUCAAUGUGCCUAAUGGCCCCCAACCUUCCCAGAAUCCUUCAAUGGUGCAAUGGAACCACUGCAAGUACUAUAGUUUGGACCAGCGAGGUCAGAAACCUGGAGACAUCUACAACCCAGACAACAGCGCUCAGGCCAGCAGCACCCAGCUGAAUAGCCCCAUCACGUCCCCCACACAGUCCCCUACGCCGUCACCUGUCACUAGCCUCAACAGCGUUUGCACAGGUCUCAGCCCUCUCCCAGUGCUCACACAAUUCCCCCGGUCUGUGGGCCCAGCACAAGGUGAUGGGCGCUAUUCCUUGCUGGGCCAGCCUCUGCAGUAUAAUCUCUCCAUUUGCCCCCCACCUCUGUUGCACAACCAGUCCAGCUAUACAGCACACCAGGGACAAACAGGGAUGAAGCAUGGCAAUCGAAGCAAGAAGCAGGCUCUUAAGUCGGCUUCUACGGACCUUGGAACAAGUGAUGUAGUGUUGGGUCGUGUCCUGGAGGUAACUGACCUGCCUGAGGGCAUCACGCGUACAGAGGCUGACAAGCUCUUCACCCAACUCGCCAUGUCUGGUGCCAAAAUCCAGUGGCUCAAAGAGACUCAGGGGCGUCCUGGGGGCGGUGGCGACAACAACCACGGGACUGCAGAGAACGGCAGGCAUACUGACCUUGCUGCCUUAUACACCAUCGUGGCCGUCUUCCCCAGCCCCUUGGCAGCCCAGAACGCCUCCUUGCGUCUCAACAACUCUCUUAGCUGCUUCAAGUUGCGUAUGGCCAAAAAGAACUAUGACCUGCGUGUGCUGGAGCGCGCCAGCUCUCAAUAGGGGCAAGUGGAGGAGAGGGGGCAACAAGCACACUGGACUGGCCUCUCUGGCCCCCUCUCAGCCCCUUGCCCUUCUGCCUCCCCCUCCUUUGUUUCCACAGGCACCCUGUCUUCUUUUUUUUAAAAUUUUGGUGGGGGAGGGGGGAUCUUUCUGGAGAUAUUUAUAUGGACAGAAUGAAGAGAUACAUUGAUUUUUUUUUUGUUCUUUUGGUUUUCUGUUUUUAUUUUAUUUUACUUUUUGUGUGAAAGAACAUGUCCCACCCCUUACCCCCUCUCUGAAACACGUGAAUAUUGUUUUUGUUCAGCGUUGUGCCGCGGUACGGAGCCGUAUUUAAUUGCACAUACAGAUGUUGGCUGGGUAUGUUCACUGUACAUUUUAUUUAAUCUGGGUUUAUUAUUAUUAUUAAUAAUAUUAUUAUUAUUUGGUUUUUAAAUAUAAAAAAUCGUCUGUCACUUUAAA